GAAAGCCACAGCAAUCUUCAUUUGCAAGUUGUGAUAUGAAAGAGGCUAUUGAAGCCAGAUUGAGCAUCUCAGGUGGAUUUUCUGCUUUGCUUUGAGCCUGCCGUCACUUUUCGUGCAAUUUUCAUAUGCAAGUUAUGACACUCUUAAAUGUCCUCUUAAUUGGUGGACUAUUUUCUUAGUUGUUUGACGGUUGCGGGACAGUUCUGUCUGUGAGAGCGAUUGUAAAUCACAUAGCGUAGCCUAUUACGUCAGUCUAUUUUCCUGUCACAUGACGUUGUGGGUGUGUUUAUACGGUCGUUGUAAACACAGAAGACGAUUCCUGAGUAAUCUGUCUCAAGGACCAAAACGACACCAUAUUCCAAAAUAACGUAUUAGGGGCAUCGUUUUAUUUACCAAUGCUAUGCUGUGACGUCUAGUAACCUGAAGCCAUGGACUUCUACAUCAACCUGAAGGUGAAUUUCAGAGGAAAUGCGAAGAAUUUCCUUCUGUCCGGCUCGGAAACGAAGAGCUGGGAGUCAAUGGAGGCCAUGGUGAAAAGGUCCUUUGGCUUGUGCAAUCUUCAGGUAACAUACUAUGAUGAGGACAAUGAGGAGGUCUCCAUAAACAGUCAAUUGGAAUAUGAGGAAGCUCUGAAGAGUGCUGCUCGGCAAGGCAACCGGCUGCAGAUGAACGUGUAUGAGACCAGGGGUCCGGGUGCAAGGGGCCCAGCUCCCGGCUCCUCCAAGCCCAGCAGCGCCACCGAACCCAAGAAGGGCUUCCGCCCUCCCCAGCAGCACUGCCCAGCUCUCACUCAGGUGGUCAGCCGCAAAGUCCAGGCUGCCAUGCCCGAGCAAGGCAUGGUCAUCAUGAAGGAGCUGAAGGGGACCAAAGAGGAGGAUAAGACUCCACCAGCGUGGUUCACAUCUUACAUGGAGAAGUUCAAAGACCAGGUGGUGCGGGAGGCGGUGGAGAAGAUCUGUCGGGAAUUCUCUGGCCAGUGCUGCAUCCAUAAGCCAGUGGGGGCGGAGGCUCAGGUCCCCGAGGUCAGCUCGUCCACGCUGCCAGGGGCUCCCAGCUCUGCUCCGGCCUGCAGCAGCUGUCGGGGCCAGACUGCCGGGGGAGGCUACCAGUGCAGUGUGUGUACGUCCUGCACCUUGUGUGAGCCCUGCAGUUUCUCUCACGACCCCAGCCACAGCCUCGUCAGGGCCAGAACGCCCCUCUCCAUCCCAGAACACGGCUCCCCCGCUCCGGACCACAGCAGGUUUUACCGGCGCGGGGAUCGGAGCUUCCGCAAGGCGGAGAAGCAGCGGCUGAAGGCAGAGAAGCGGCAGCUCAAGGCUGAGGUCAAGGAGAUCCGCAAGCAGCUGAGGAUGGAGAGGCGGGGCUUGCAGUGGAGCGCCGUCGGCGACGGAAGCUCCUCCCCGGUCCUGCUUCAACCCAGAGCCACCCAAGUCAACAGCCCCGAGCGGCCAAAGCGUCCGUGUCCCCUGGCAGUGCCGGCCAUGACGGCUCUGUUCUUGGAUGAGAAUUUGCCAGAUGGAACCCGUCUGCGCCCCGGCACCAAGUUCAUCAAGUACUGGAAAAUGAAGAAUACUGGCAGAGUGUGCUGGAACUCUGAUACAAAGUUGAAGUUCAUGUGGGGGAACCUGGCGGUGGGCUCGGGGGACCGUUGGCGUGAGGUGCCGGUGCCGUCGCUCCAGCCGGGCCAGGUGGGCGUGGUGAGCGUUGCCCUGUGCGCCCCCUCCCUGGAGGGCUCCUACACGUCCCACUGGCGCCUGGCGCACGCCGGCGAGCAGUUCGGCCCACGAGUCUGGUGCAGCAUCGUGGUGGACCCCCAUGCCCCUGCCGCCGUGUCCGUGGAUGGCCUGCUCGUGUCCCCCUGCGUCACCCCACAGCUGGGAAAAACAGCCCACUCUCCAGACAAGGGAGACAAAGAAAGCGCUGUCCCCAGGGUGCUCAUGUCCGUGGAGCAGGACUCUGACCGGGAGUUCUAUAUCCCCUCUGUGGACCUGCUCACAGCUCAGGACCUUCUGUCUUUUGAACUUCUGGAUAUAAACAUAGUCCAGGAACUGGAGAGUGUGCCAAACAACACCCCUGCAGAUAUGACCCCCUGUAUGUCGCCCCUGCCUCACGAGGGACUUCUGCAAGAGAAACAGUCCCUGGCACUCAUCCAGGAAGAGGCAGAGGCUCAAGGAGUGAAAAGCAUUCUGGACACGGCCCAGACCCCCGAGCUGAACCUGGUUCCUGCCCAGGAGGAGGGCGAGGAGGAGGACAUCAGCGGACCGCAGUUCGUCUGUGAGACGGUCAUACGGUCACUCACUCUGGAGGAAGCCCCAGACCGUAGCCGCCUCUGUUCAAGCAUCCCGAGCAAACUGGUGCGUCCGGCGGUGCAGGGCUCGGCCUCCCUGGGUGAGAGGAAAGUGCAGAAAGCUCCAGAGGCCAUGGUGGUUGUGCCCCGUGCGCCCCCCACUGUGCAAAUAGAGCAGCGCACAGCAGGAUCAGCUGAAGGCCAGGAGUCCGACAUCGAGAGCAUCUCCGACACUGGCCAUGACGGACAGAGGGAGAAGGAGGACGCCAGGAGGAAGACUAAAGAUGACGAAGAAGUCGAGGGAGGAAAGGAGCUUCGAGAUACAGAGGAGGGCAAGGAGUCACGAUCGCGGACAUCCUCAGCGUCGUCCGAGGACUACAUCAUCAUUCUGCCGGACUGCUUCGACACCAGCCGUCCCCUAGGAGAGUCCAUGUACAGCUCGGCACUCUCCCAGCCUGGAGACAGCCUGGAGAGUCAAGGGGACGUGGGACGACUCACACCCGAGGGGGAGCGCAGCGAGGCAGAGGAGGCUGCAGCCGCGUGCCUUGGGACCAGAGUUAGCGUCAGCGUCGGUGCCAAUGCUAACGACAUGCUGUGCACUUCACAGACACUGGAUGCGGUCCCCCUCACCCCAGUAGUCGUGACGGCACCUCAGCCCUCAGUCUCGACCAGCUCAGAGAAUCAGGAUCAGAGGGAGGUUCUGGAUGGGAGUGAACUCCACCAGCCAACAGACCAAGAAAACGUUUCUGAUGUGGUCCAAACUCAGCCAGGCAGCCCAUCAACCCCCAAGACCAGAGACUCUGAAACACAGGACCUCAGUUCCCAGGGAAUUACUGGGGGGCUGGUGAAAGGUGCUCUCUCUGUGGCAGCGUCCGCCUAUAAGGCUCUCUUCACCGGGCAGCACGGCGCAGAUCCACCUCCUGAAGAUGCCGCAACGCAGGACGCCAUGAUGGCCGUGCUGGUGGAGAUGGGCUUUGGGGACCGGCCGCUGAACCAGCGGCUGCUGCAGAAACACAACGGCAACCUGCUGGACGUGGUCAAUGAGCUGGUGCAGAUGACGGACAGCGACUGGUUUUCCACUCGAUACUGAGAUGGCGGCAAAAGGGUCACAACUCGCCCUCAUUUCUCUCUCUCUCUCUCUCUCUUUCUCUUUCUCUAUUUAUCCAUUCUUUCUCUCCAUUCUUUCUCUCUUUCAUUCCACCACUUGGAAGUUCUCUAACUCGAUAUCUUUUGGUUGCUCAUACUCAAACGAGUACUUUUGAUUUUUCCUGGUCUCAGCACCACAGGUAAUGGUCUGACUGUGAACUAAUGAGACAUUCCAAUGUAGGGACACAAAAUUAUUUGAAAACAGGUAACCACUUCUAGAGGGCCGUUGAUGAGGCUCUCUUUUUAGAGACACUCAUAUCCAAAAAAGGUCUUCUUCCACACUCAGAAAACAAUUCCACAGGCAAAACAUUAAGGUUGUAAUCCUGUAUUGUAAUUUUGAAGAUUAUUCACAAUAUGAAUUUAUAGGCUUGGCAUGACUAAAAGUGUAACAGACUCAGACGGUUAAAAAUGAAUCCACUGAAAUAUUUAUAAUCCCAUUGUAGGCAAGUAAAUCGGCUUCAAAAAUCGUGGAUAGCAAACUUACUAGGUAAUAGGGCUUAGGACUCUUGAUGGCAAGUAGGCUCUUGUUUUGAUUGAUAGAAGUAUUAAAGUUGGAGUUGAUUGUACUGUAAAUGUCUAGACAAUGUAGGCUAACUGCGUAGCCACAAUGAAAGCAGCUGUGUUCUAGUCAAACACUAGCAUUCCAAAAUGUCCUCUACCACUUCUUUAAGUUAUGUCCACUUAAUUUACUGGAAGAUAAAAUACUGGAUCAAUUUGCACUGUGCAGAAUUAUCUCCUGCACUUGAAAGACACAUAGGUGUCUUUCAAGGAGACCAUGACAGGGUGUGAAAAUAUUUUAGUUUUUUAGCAAAUGCGUGCAUGACCAUCGGUAUAGGAAUAAUAUGCUGCACUUAUUGAUUUGUCUAUUAGAUACACAGGGGAUGUAGACUGGAAAUAUGGUCUCCUGCUCUCUGGCUAUAUAUCAAAUUUCUGGCAUUUUACAAAUAACAAAGUACUUCAUGCUAUGACGGAGUAUUCUUCAUUUCUUCAUUAAAAAAAAAAAGCUCACACUCAUACCAUACUCCAAUCAGCACAGUGCGGAUACAUAAUCCUUAUCAAGGAAUACAUUCCCACUCUUUUGUAUGGUGUAGUGUCAUUGCCUAUGACAAUAACGUGGGUGUCCCCUUCUUACUGAUAUUGUACUGAAAGCGUAUGUUUGUACAAUGCGAUCACCAUGAAUAUGUCAUUUGCACCCGUAUAAUGUAAAAUAAUCAGUUAGUUGUUUGUGAUUUGAGGGACCCAAAGCAAAUAGUUUUACAAGGCAACUAGUCUUAAGAGGAAGGUUUGUUUUGAACUUGUGUGUGUGUUCAGUGCUUGCUUUCUGAAAAGAGUGCAGUUUGUGCUCAGACCAAGGCUUCUAAGCAUGCAGAGGUUUGUGUUCAUGUUUUGGGUGAGUUGGAUGGGAACAGGAACAGAGAAUAUAUUUGUAUGUAGAUAUCCCAAAAUCAACUGCAAUUGUUUUCUUUUACCUGAACCAAAACUGACAUUUUUAAGUAUCAUUCCAAAUCUUAGGAGGGUUUUGUAUAUUUUAAUAUUGUUUCUUUUCAUAUGUUACACAAUAGAUGCUUUUGGAAAGAAAUCUUUAGGAGAACACUAUGUUUUAAAGGUAUUUCAGCAAUUGCUGGCAUUAAUGGUAUUUGGGUUUUAGAGCAUCAUUUGUAUGAUUCCAUUUGCACUGUAUGUAAGUAGAUGAUGGUAAAGGCUAAUGAUGGAAAAUAGAAAAUAUUAAUUAAAUGAAAAAACGUGAGCUUUCAGUCAAGCUGGAAUGAAUAGCUGUCGCCUUCUGUAAGGUCAAGUGAAACAGUAUGGUAACACAUUACGUGGAUAGUCUGCCCACAGAGACUUAACAGAUCAUCUGUUAACAUUCAAGUUCAGUAUGUAAAAUGAAUGAACAAAUCUAUGUAACGAUUGUUGAAUAAUUGAGGAACAUCACCUUAACCAAAUCCAACUCCGAAUCUUUACCUUAACAAUAAAUUGUAGUCAACAGAUAGUUUGUUGAUAAUCUGAUCAUCUGUAGAUAGUCUGUGGGCGGAUUGUCCAAGUAAAGUCUGAACAAAACUACUCUGAAUCCAGCUGAAAUGAGAAUACUUAUUGGUACAUUUGGAAAAAUGUAUAUCUAAAAUGUUGAAACGAAUGAUGUAUUUUAUGUUGGGGGUUUUUCUUUAUUGUCUUAUUGUCUUAUAUAAUAGUAUGACAUUAAGCUAUAGGUCUAGUAAGACUGGAAUGUUAUUGCUAUGAAAGGAAGCACUUAAGGCUAGUCCAGCUUUGCACUUUUCCCACUUUACUUUGACAGGCAGUAGCCUAUAGCUAUUCUAACGUGAGAGUUGAUUUGUGCAAAACCGCCAGUCUAAAUCAGUUUGUGCUAAAAAUGUGUGCUAAAAAACAGCAUCAUACUGUAUUUUAGUCUUGUACUGUGGCCAGUUGCUAGUCACAUCUGGAAUGGUACUACCAAGUUUGUAAAUUGGAUAAACUUGAAUUUCAUGAAUGUAAUGGAUAAGGUAAUUGACAUAUGCAGCCCCUUGAGUGAGCAUCUCUGGGGUCAUGGCGAGGUCUUGAAGGCUGUAAUGCAUCAUUCAUGUGUACCCAAACAGGUCUAUUCCUUAAGCUAGAGGAGUCCGCUGGAAUUGAAUGGCCCUCUUUAGAUAAAAUAUGUGAUCAUUAGUCUGUCUCAACAGGUAUGAUUACUGAUGAUGAUGAUGAUGAUGAUGGUGAUGGUGGUGGUGGUGUGUGUGUGUGUCUGUCUGUCUGUCUGUCUGUCUAACUGGGCUCUAACUGUAAUACUUCAUAAAACACUCAUAUGUUAUCCAGAUGUGAUGAUGAAAUCAGUCACUAAUAAACAUCACAAUAAUAUUCACACAA